AUGUUUUCAAAACACGGGGACAUCACGUGGAGCUCGAAGCCGCCUCCGCGGACGUCGCUCAGGGGCCCUCAGUCGAUCGCGGCCUCAGAACGAGUCCCGCGAGGCGGACCGACCGCCGCGGCCCGCGAGGCCUCCAGGGACGUGUUAUCCACUUUCCUGGCGUACUUCACCCCCGAGCUAGAGGACAUAGUGAUCGAGAUGACCAACCUGGAAGGGCCCGUGGAUCGCACCGAGUUACGCGCCUACGUGGGGCUGCUGAUCCUGGCCGGAGUCUACAGGUCGAGGGGUGAGGCGUGUGAAAGUCUCUGGGACGCGGAGAGCGGGCGCGCCGUAUUCCGCGCCACCAUGCCUCUGAAGACCUUCAGAUCCUACUCCAGCGUCCUGCGCUUCGACGAUCGCGAGACCAGAGAGGCGAGACGCGCGGCAUUGUCUUCUUCUUCUUCUUCUUCUUCGUCUUACGGAGACAAACUGGCACCCGUCAGGAAACUGUGGGACGCUUGGUGCCAGCGGCUGCCGCUCCUGUACGAUCCCGGACCGGAGGUCACCGUGGACGAGAGGCUGGUUGCCUUUAAAGGCCGUUGCCCCUUCCGCCAGUACAUGCCCUCCAAACCCGCAAAAUACGGCAUCAAGCUGUGGGCCGUGUGCGACGCGCGGUCCAGUUACGCGUGGAAAAUGCAGGUGUACACCGGUAAACCUCGACAAGGAGCGCCCGCGGAGAAGAACCUGGCCACGCGAGUCGCGCUGGACCUCACCGAGGGACUGGGACCGGGCCGCACCGUGACGUGCGACAACUUUUUCACCUCGUUCGAGCUCGCCCGGAGGCUGUUCUUCGAGAGGGGACUCACCCUAUUAGGUACGCUGCGCGCCAACAGGACGGAGGUCCCGCGCGAACUGGCCUGCCCGCCUACUACCCGGGGGAACGGCAGACGGGUCGGAUCCUUCUCGUUCGCGUUCGCCACCGGGGAGGGGGGAGGCCCCUCGGUCGCCCUAAUCUCCUAUCUGGCCAAAAAGACCAGGAACGUGCUGAUCCUCACCACGGCGCCGCAUGACGAACAAGAACAACAACAACAACAACACAAACCUGCUGCUGUGCUCCAUUACAAUCGUACCAAGGGAGGAGUGGACAACCUGGAUAAAGUCACAGGUACGUACAGCUGCAGGAGAAAAACCUGCCGCUGGCCCAUGGUCAUCUUUCACAACAUGAUCGACGUGUCCGCGUACAACGCGUUCGUUCUCUGGAGAGAGCUGAACCCGACGUGGAUGCCCGGGAAACGCAACAGACGCAGACUGUUCUUGGAGCAGCUGGGCAGGGCGCUCGUGGGUCCCAGCGUAAUCAGGAGGAUCAAAGGGAAAUGUUAA